AAAAAUGGUACACCACCGUAUCAAUUACGCUGCUUGGUUAACAUUGGGUCAAAAAUACUGACAACAAAUUAACGCCGUCAGUUGAGAAGCUGCCACUCGUCUAUCCGUGCGCUGUCGUGUAAACAUUGUGACAACCAGGUCUCGUUGAAUUGAUAGCAUUUGUACACAGUUUUUUACAAGCACGACGGACAUUGUAGUGGUCAUGAAAGAUCAGGUUGGAUUAUAUAAUAAAGAAAUGGGUUCUCAAGAAACGAUAACAACUUCGGACGAGAAGGUUUCGGGAAACCAGGAUGGCCAUUCGGUUGCUAACCAAGAGAGGGUAAGCGAAGAAGAUAAAGAGUCUGAAAACUCCAAAGAGGACGAGCAAACAGGAAAGUGCGAAAGCAAAGGGGGAGAAGAGAAAAAGUUUGAGAAGCCGCCAUUUUCGUACAAUGCUUUAAUAAUGAUGGCUAUUCGCGGGUCACCGGAGAAAAGACUGACUCUGAGUGGUAUAUACGAUUUCAUUAUGAAGAAUUUUCCGUACUAUCGUAAUAACAAGCAAGGUUGGCAGAACUCCAUCAGACACAACCUCUCCCUCAACAAAUGUUUCGUGAAAAUCCCUCGCCACUACGACGAUCCUGGUAAAGGCAAUUACUGGAUGUUAGAUCCUAGUGCAGACGAUGUGGUCAUCGGUGGUACGACAGGGAAGCUUAAACGACGAAAUCCUCCAUCGUCCAGAAACCGUAUAGCGCUAAAACGGCAACAGAGAAUCUCUCCAAUUCCAAGGUAUCCUUUGGACCCAUCUCAAGCUGGUUUCUGUUCAAGUUUCUGGCCCUAUCCACCAUCCAUAUUCUCAGCGUCUUUGUCUCCGCAUAUGAGAAGAAACGACCUAUUGGGAAUGUCCUGUACAAUGAACUGUAAUUCGUCCCUCCCUCAUCCAACGCCAGUUCUUCCACACCCAUCUCCUAGCAUCCGAUGCCUUUUUUCUUCAUCACCAGAGAUGAGCCUUCCAAGCCGCUGCCACGGGUUUGGCGUUCUACCACCGUCUUUCCCUCAAAGUGGCCAUUUCCCCGUCAGCCAUGCACGUCCCACAAUGGAACCACAGUGGCCGAGUUCAAGACCUUCUUCCCCAUUUUCAGCAGACAGGUUCAUGACAAAUAGUGACUCUGUUUUCCCGUCUGCGUUCAGCACAGUACCUAAAAUACCAUUUGGUUCUCCUGCAUUACGACCUACCUUCUCUUUCUUAAAAGAAAACGCUUCUCCCGCUUCGCGCACCACUUUCCUGUCCGAGUGCAAAUAAACGUUUAAAUUGGACGUUGAUAUAAAUCUUGAUUUAAAAGAAAAGACAGAAUAGAAAUUAAACCGAGGAGCGAAAACAAAGCACCCAAGAAACUGUGAUAUAUUUGCGGUUGUACGACAAGAAAUAGCCAGCUGAAAUGAUGUUUAUUUACAGUGAUUCGUCGCUAAUUCGCAUUAUUACUAAAGCCACUUUGUUCAAUAUUUUCGUUAAUUGUCUAAAACGUACUGUUUGGGACUAGCAGGUCAAAAAAAAUCUAGUGAAAGUUAAUUUCAAAGUCACCGUUUUAAACAUUAAUGAGACAAGUAAAGUCAAUAACUAAAUCGUGUAAAUUUGUAAAUUUUGCUAGUACGUUGACACCUCAAUCCGUGAAUGUGAGCAAAUACCAGAUAAAUAUUUAUGGCUGAAA